UCAAAAGGGAGUAAAAAAAAGUCCAACUCCGAAAUAAAUCGAAUUUACAGCAAUUUUACCAACAAAAAUUCGAUUUUUUUAUUCAAUAAUAAAUUUAGGAGCAUAUUUUCUUUUAAAGAAUAAAUACAAAGAUUCCAGUUAUACGUUUUUUUUUAUAAAAUAAAAUUUGCCGUAAAAGGUUAUUCAAAGGGAACAGAACAUUGAAUCUCGACUGCCUUCGUCUCUGUUUCUUGACGAAAUCACACGAGGCAUAUUCUUUACGUUGCCAACAGCCGUGAUCCAUUUUUCGACCUCAUUCUCAUCGGAAAAUAUACCAAAAGAGUUCUUGAUCUUCCCCUUUUACCAUUCUUUUAUGCCCUUUUCCAGGUUUAUAAUAUUCCUCUUUUCUUUUUUCUUUUUGAUUCCUUUUCAAUCGAUAUGUUCAAUGCAGUUUUGGUAUUUUGGUGAUGAUGAAUUCUUAAAUUUGUUUGUUGUUCUUCUUUAUUCUUGUUUGUGAUUCUGAUUGAAUUUUGUGGGGCUUGUUAAAUUAAACCAUGACUCUAUUUGAAGAAUUUCAUGUCAAAUAUUGGAUUUUUCUUGCUCAAGUUUGAUUGAAUUGUGUUUUUCAUAUCACAAUCCACAUUAUUAAUGUCAUUAUAAUCUCUGAAAUUCUUGAAGAUUACUCUUUUCCCUCUUUAAAUUUUAACUUUUUUGGAAAAAAUGCACUCCUACUAUGUGUUGUUUAUUGACCUUUAUUGAUGUGACUUGUCAUUAUCUUCAUACAUUGGACUUUCUCUUGCAAUUGAGAUUUGAAAUUAUUAUGGAUUGCUAAUUCUUGAUAUAACUUGCUGCAAGUUUUGCUGUUAGUUUUAGGUACUGUGGUAGUUACAAGAACUCGCAGUUGGUAACCGAUACAUUUGUAGCUCGAUAAUGGGAACCAAUUGGAUGUUUUUCAUCGAACCAGAUGGGAAUACAGGUGGGAUUUUCCCCAUUGAUCCCAUUCUGCCUCACCAUUUGGGGGCUCAUUGGAUCUCCCACAUUGCGUCGCUGGUUGACAACUCGAGGCAUCUUUUGGUGCCCGGGAGCAUGGCGCUCCAAGAAGCUUUCAGCUGUAUGUCGAAGUUUGCUGGUGCUCUAGUAAUAUGGUGUGCCCGUGGAUCCAAUGUCAACAUCAAAAGAAAGUUGCCUGGUAAUCGUCAUCUUGGCUAUCUCUCCACUUGCUCCACCGCUUCGACGCAACUGAGGCACAUCUCCUCCACGAGACGUGAUCUGACAGGGGUGUUUAAUAAGAUAUCAAGCUUCGCUUUGAAGCAACUGUCUAAAGAGGCUCAAUGGCUUCAAACUUUUCCCAUGCUGUCGCUAGCAGCUGCAUUGGUGCCACCAUUGACUAAUGUCUCGACAAAUAUGCUUGCUAUUCCAUUGGAGUCCGGUUCUAUGGAAGCACAGAGAAUCACUGAGCAGAAACAUUGUGCAACUGAAGGUCGAGGAUGUGGACCUUGUAGUGAUCUUUAUUUGCAGAGACUGGCUUGGGCUAAGACGACUGAGGCCAGAACUGGCGUGGAGUUUCCAACCAUGUUGGACAAUAGUACAUCGGGGGAGAGUAAUUCUGGUUUUACUCCUGAGAUCCUUGUAGGAACUGGAUCUAGAACUAUGACCGUUAUAAGAAUUAAAUCUCUCAAAGUCUAUGCAUUUGGCUUUUAUGUUCAUCCAUUUGACGUUUGCGAGAAAUUGGGUCCAAAGUAUGCUUGCGUUCCGGAGCAUGAGUUGAACAAGUGCCAAGAUUUUUAUCGGGAUCUCUUAAGGUCGGAUAUCAACAUGACAGUUAGGCUUGUGGUUAAUUACAACGGAAUCAAAAUCAAUACCAUGAAAGAUGUUUUUGAAAAGUCUCUCCGAGCCCGAUUAGCAAAGAUGAAUCCGGAAGCUGAUUUUAGCUGCCUGCAAGAAUUUGGUUCCAUAUUCACGCAGGAUAUUCCUCUACGCGUGGGCACAACGAUCAAUUUCCGGAGAACAGCUGACGGUCACCUCGUUACUGAAGUUGAAGGAAAUAACAUUGGAGCAGUCCAGAGCAAAGAUCUUUGCAGGACCUUUUUUGACAUGUAUAUCGGUGAAAUCCCUAUUUGUGAGCAAACGAAAGAAGAAAUCGGGAAAAAUGUAGCGAGUAUCAUCAGGACGUGCUGAGCUAGUUGGAGCUGUCGCUUAUACCAGCGCAUAUCUUGUCGUAAUUGUGGUAGAAGUAUACGAGCUAGACACACUAUAGAAUAUAGCGCGAACCCUUUAUAUUAUACGGAUUUUUUAGGGGGAAAAGGAUUGAAAAUUUAGCCUUAGUUUGAUGAUUCUUUGUAGCAAAAGCAGGGGAUUUGCAGUUCCUGCUAACUUCAAAUGUAGAUUUAAUUUCUGACUGUUUCUUGAUUGGAGAAAAAUGAAUGUUUAUGGUUACUUGUAUA